GGACUUGGAGGCAGAGAAAAGUCGCGAGACUUGACUAGAUCACCCUUUCCAGACUCCGCCCCUCCAUCCCGGAACUCCUCCCGGCGCAGCUUCCCCGUUUGCACGUGUAAUUGUUGUGGUUCAAGCUCACGUGGCCGCGGAGGUGCCGGCGGCUUCCAAGAUGGCGGCGCCCGGUGUCAGGUGCCCGUGACUCGCCUCUGUCAGCCUUGAAUUAUAACCCUGAGCAAGUCUAUGGGGCCAUGGACCGGCCUGGGUUCAUAGCCUCGCUGGUGGCUGGCGGAAUAGCAGGUGUCUCUGUUGACUUGAUAUUAUUUCCUCUGGAUACCAUUAAAACCAGGCUGCAGAGCCCACAGGGAUUUUAUAAGGCCGGUGGUUUUUAUGGAGUAUACGCUGGAGUUCCUUCUACUGCUAUUGGAUCCUUUCCUAAUGCUGCUGCCUUUUUUGUCACCUAUGAAUAUGUGAAAUGGAUUUUGCACACUGAUUCUUCUUCACAUUUGAUGCCUGUGACACAUAUGUUGGCUGCAUCGGCUGGAGAAGUGGUUGCCUGCCUGAUUCGAGUUCCUUCUGAAGUAGUUAAGCAGAGGGCACAAGUAUCUGCUUCUUCAGGAACAUUUCACAUUUUCUCUAACAUCUUAUGUCAAGAGGGCAUCCAAGGAUUAUAUCGAGGCUACAAAAGCACUGUUUUAAGAGAGAUUCCUUUCUCAUUGGUCCAGUUUCCCUUGUGGGAGUCCUUAAAAGCCCUCUGGUCCUGGCGGCAAGAUCAUGUGGUGAAUUCUUGGCAGUCAGCAGUCUGUGGAGCUUUUGCAGGUGGCUCUGCAGCUGCAGUCACCACGCCUCUGGACGUGGCCAAAACAAGAAUCAUGUUGGCAAAGGCUGGUUCCAGCACCGCAAGUGGGAACAUCCUCUCUGCCCUGCACGCGGUUUGGCAGACACAGGGGCUGUCGGGAUUAUUUGCAGGUGUCUUCCCUCGAAUGGCAGCCAUCAGUCUGGGGGGUUUCAUCUUUCUUGGUGCUUAUGACCAAACACGCAGCUUUCUGUCGGAACUUGGCAGAGAGAGCCCCUGAAUCAGAGACGGCCCCUGCCUUCAAGAAAGGAUCCUGCUGUGAGAAGAGUUUCCCUUCCAUUGAGCAGCUGUCCAGCCAUCUGAACGACGAGACACAGUGCGGAAGCCCAGUCCCGCUCGGGUUACAACAUGGAGGACACGUCUUCCGCGCUGCCGGCUGGCUGGGGUGACGUCAUCGGCUCGUUUGCCAGAGUGGAGAGAGAAAAUGAUGUCCACAGCGGUACUCUGAACAGUUUUUUUCUCAGAACCCCUCAAUAAAUAAGCAUGGUGAUGCUGA